GUUGUAAUCGAUUCAACGUGUAGUCUUUGUUUACUUCCUGUUUGAGUUUACUGGUUCCGGUGGAGCGCCAUCCAGGAGCAAGUUCAUCUCCUUACCUAGCAAGGCAACAAUGAACAUCCUCCCGAAGAAGAGCUGGCAUGUCCGCAACAAGGACAACGUCGCGCGAGUGCGGAAGGAUGAAGCUCAGGCAGCAGAAGAGGAGCGCGAGGCCAAGCGUCGCGUGGAGCGCGCAGAGCAAGAGGCACGUACUGAGUAUCUGAGAAGGAAAGCUCGGGCUUCCCUCCAGGCAGCGGGAGCAAAGGGAGACGACGACGAAGAGCAAAGCGGAGCAAGUCUGGAGCAUCUGAAUCUAUUUCCUCUGGAGGAGGGCUCAGAGAAGAAGGGGAAUGAGGAGUAUCUAAGAGAAAAGAAAGAAGAAAAGGAGAAGCAGGAGCGAGCGAUCGGCUUGCUCGUGUCUUUGGGGCCGCAGCCAGGGUCAGAGGUCACCCCGUGGUACAUGAAAAGCAGCGCAGAAAAAGAAGAAGAGAGGAAGGAGAAAGAAAAGAGGAAGGGCGUGUCUGAGGAGGAGAAAGAGAAGAAGGAUCGUAGACUGAAGGAUAGUUUGGACCCUUUGAAGGAAAUGAAGAAAGCAAUGGGUGUUUACGAGAGGAGGGACCCCAAGAAAAAGAGGAAGGAGAAAAGAGAGAAAGGGGAAAAGAAGAGCACAGGAGAGAGCUCCAUAGAACGGUUACGAGCUGAGCGCUUACAGAGGGAGGCAGAAGAAAGGAGGAGAGCCCAGGCCCUCCUAGACCAGAGGAGCGGUAAAAGAAAGGGGCCGGACAGAGAAAUGAACGAGCGGGAAAGACCCUACAACAACGCCUUCUUCCCAGAACUGGCCAGAAAGCGACAGCAGCGGGACCGGGAGAGCUGGAGGGACGAGAUUCUGAAGUCUUGAAAUGUUUUUUUUUUUCUAUGUAUUUUAGAACGAAGGUUAGCAUGAGGUGGGGCUGUUGUGAACGUUUGUUUGUAAAGAUACGCUGAAGAAACAAUUUUAUUUAUGUUUUUUGGUGUUUGCCACAUAAAUGGACAAUGGGGGUCAUGGUUUUCCCCCUGCAGUUUUUCGCUCAUGAGCACAUCAGCAGGGCAGAUGGUUGUCCACACAGGGGGCCUCAGGCUGUCGGCAGCCGUUGGCUUUGGCUUUAAAGAUGAUCAGCGUUAAGAAGCUGCCUCCUGAGUGAAAACAUAAAAUAAACCGAGGCAGUAUCUUAACAGUUGGUUGUUAAAAGUUUAUUUCAAGUGCCGACGCUGCUUUGCCUCCCAUCUAUUUGGUAUUUUCUGGCUCAGUAUGGCUGAUUCGUGUUUUUUUGGUUAAAUGAGUCAUUUAGAAGGUUUUGACUUGGAGGAGUUAUGAUCACCUUUUUUUAACAUAUUUAAAGACAACAUUCUCUAAAUUGUGGGGGAAAGGAUAUUUCAGCAAGUAAUAAAAACAUGCCUCCGCGUUCCUUACAGACUGGACGUUUGUGCACGUUUUUCAUGUUUGUGCUACUGGUGUUUGCUCAGCAGGUAUUUCAGCGUGCAGCAGCAGAAAGAGCUCAGGUACAAGGGAUUACAGCCCCACCGAUGACCGUAUCUCAGUCGUGUGCCUCAGAUUCAGGCAGCUGGGCUUGUGCCUGCUGACUCACCGUCACACUUGUACAAAACAAUUGUUUUUUUUGCGACUGCUGUGAAUAUCUGCAGCGAGAAAUUAAAUCAUGAAGCGUACAGAUCUCCAAACAACGAGCAGCAGAGAGAUGCGUUCUACUCAUGGCUCAUGGAGCUGCACCCUCAUAAUAAAAUAAAACACUUUUUACCAGCGAUGUUUAUGUUGAUCUAUGUUUCAUCUGGUGGUUAAUAUUAGUGAGGCACAUGAUGAUUAAAAACAUGCACAGACUG